UUUUAAAUAUACUUGAAGUAAAAAUAAUAUUAUUCAAUUAUUAAAAAUAAAUUUUAUUUAAUGAUUAUUAACUAUAUUUCAAAUGAAACUCAUCCAGAUAUUUGCAUUAUCGGUGGUAGUUUUGUAUCUAACACAAGAGAAUAAAACCAAUGGAUUUAAAAUAAUCAAAAUACCAAUCUAUACUGUCAAAGGAAUUAUUUGGAUAACUAUUAAAGUGCCUGCUAAAUUUGUAUGGAAUAUUUUAAGAUUUCCUACAAAAAUCAUUAUUAACCUUGCUUGGAUAUUAUCUAAAAGACCAAUAAAAAUGAUUACGCCACAGUACUUACAAUAUACUAUAAAUCAAUUAGUAGAAGAGUACGAAAUUGAAAGGAAAAAAAGAAAAAAAGAAAAAUCAAUAAGGCAUCGUAUGAAGGUAUCAAUUAAGAAAGGAAUAUCCAAAAUGAAUAACGGAUUGGAGCGCUUUGAUAGAAAAGUAUUCUGGGUGCUAGAACACUAUAUGUUUGUGGAUUUAUUUCUUUGA